AACAAGAGAUACAGUUAAGAAAUAAUCAUAAAUAGUACACACUUAAUAUCUACAGUCAAAUGGUCUUCACAGGGUGUGUCAACCUGCCUCUGUCUGUGGCUCACAUUCAAACACUCCUCUGACUCACAGCUUCACAGUCAAGUCAUUGGCUACACCUCUUUUUUAGCUUCACAGAGGCAGGAGCCUUGGUGACUGAAUCUAUUGUUUGUCUGCUGCUCCACUCAGGUGAAUCUGGGAUUUUCAAACAGCAUUUUCUACUCCGUUUACUCAGAGGACAGGUUCAGGUUACAUUUCAUUGAGAGAACCUUUUUUGAUAACCCUUUUUCUCUCCAUCCAACUUUCCAUUCUCCCACUAACAAUUUGUUAUCACACAGCAUAUGCAGCUGUUCAGCACAUCCAAUAAGAGUGUGUACACACUCUUUGAGAUUUACACAAUCUUUUGGAUACUUUCCUAUGGUCAAAGCAAGAUUCCAGAUGCUCAUGUCACCUGCAUCUACUCUGAAAACUGUAUCUUGCCCUGUUCCUUCCCUCCCUCUACUGAAGAGGUUGUUUUUCAAUGGUACAAACAGGGUACACUGAUAUACAGUUUCUUGGAGGAUGAAGAUGAAUCUCAUAACAGCAACAUUUCAGUGUUUACUGAUGAAGUGUCACAUGGCAAUGCCUCCCUUCUUUUGGAGGACAGCAGUAUAAAGAGCCGAGGGCGCUAUAAAUGUGUGGUUAAUACCACCAAGGCUGUUCAGGAGUCUGAUGUCAUAGUCAAGGUUGAAGCUCCUAUAAAGGGGAUUGCCAUCAGGGUCAGUCCCACUGAGAAUGUGCAGUGCUCUUCACAUGGUGUGUACCCUGCUCCACUGCUUAAGUGGUCUACAGUGCCAAGCUUUGCUCCCACUUCCCUGCAAGCUGUCACUCGAAUAAGUGCAGAUUCAAAUGACCUGUAUAGUAUAGAGAGUACACUAAAGAAAAUGAGCACAAACUCAAAUCUUACCUACAUCUGCAGGAUCACAUCAAAAUACAGCUCACAGUCUUGGAGAGCCUCACUGCUUCAGACAGAAAUGGCUGUAAAUUAUGGGCAACCCCUGGUCAUUCCAUGCAUGGCUCCAAAGAAUCUUAAAAACCUCACUAUCAAUUGGACUUUCAUAAGCAUGAACAUGCACACCGACAUCCUGACCUAUUACAGUCGAACUCACAGGGUCAAAAACCACUGGGAUGACCAGGCAGAAUUGGAUCUGAACAAGACUCUGAUGGGAGAUGGAUCGCUUUACUUAAACAAUUUAGAAUCAAAGCAUUCUGGGACAUAUACAUGCACAUUCACAGGUUCCCAGGUCAAAUACAUAGUUCAAACCUUAGUCAAAAUCGGUGCUUCCAAGGCAGUUUCACAGACAGGUAACAGUGGGUCCAAGCUGUGGGUGCUGGCCAUCAUAGUAGCUGCUCUAGUGCUCCUCUGUGUCAUUUUCUAUAUAUACAGAAAAUGCAAAGUAGGUAAGUCUAAACAUUCUGGGCAAGACCACCAACAAGACACAGAGAUGCAGGCUAUGCAUGAAGGCAAUUUAGUGGAUGAGUUACCAGCAGAAAACAAACCACUUGCAGAGCACAAUAAAUGAGACUUUUAUCUAUAGAAAAGGGUUGGGGAGUUAAGAAAAGGGCAAAUGCACACACAAAGGACAUGCUGUACAGUAAUGAACUCAGUGGCAUUCAUUUUGUGCAGUACCAGGUUAAGUAUGCUGUGUAUGUACUGUAGUACAUGUAGGGGAAGAUCCUUUAAACUGAGCAAAUAAUAUUUCAAAAGAUUUAGAUUUUUCUUUUCUUUACCAUCUUAUAUGUCGUUAAAACCUGUGUUUAAUAAAUAUUUACAUUAAAUUUUUACUGUUUAUUUUCCAUUAAAUAAAUAAACUGUACAUACGUUUGUUAAUGGGAUAUUAGUUCCAUGGCACACAGCCAUAUUUACAGUACAUUAUCAUUCAAUCAUAGUUACUAACACAAAUAUCAGUGACUAUUGUGACUAUCAGUGAAUAUUAGUGAAAAUGUCCCUAAAAACCAUUCUAUGGCAGCACCAGCCAGGUUAUUAAAACUGUAGUUGAAAAUUUUUAAAGUUCUGUUAUAGUACCACUUUUCAUCCACUUUUUAUAUUAUUUUGUUAGGAUUUUGGACAAUAUGGAUUUUGGACUCUAGAUGGAGCUAUUCUACAUUUGUGUAUAUUAUUUUGACUUGCUUUGUUAAACCUUCAUUAUUUUUUUCACGUGUCUCUAAUUUGGACCUGUCUCUGAUUAAACCCUCCCUUUUCUAUGGAUAUGUCUCAGCCAGCUCUCUAGUUCAGCAGUUAGGGCACUGAUCAGGGAGUCAGCCAUUUUAAGGGCUGUCUCAAUUGCAAAAUCCUUUCAGUGCACUAGAACUUUUUUCCCCUAAAAAAAAAAAAUCCCACAAUGCACCACAAAAACCAGGGGGUAUCGAUGCUCACUAUGUUCCCUUACUGGAAAUGAUGUCAAAUUUUCUGAAGCCUUUCAGCUUAAAAAAAAAAAAAAAAAAAAAAAAACUUCCAGCUACAAAUAUAAGCAGGUUGAUAUCACUGUUGUAGCUCUCAAAUGAUUACUUAUGUUAGUGAUUUUUUUUUUUUACUUUGACAUAUAUACAGUUUGUUUGAGUCUAACGACUUUUAAGUGUGUAAUGAUUUCUUUAAAUCCACUAGCUUGCCUAAUUAUUACUGAAAUAUGAAAAAUAAAAAUUUUGUAUGACAUAAAACUUAAAUAUUUAAGUUUUUAAUUUUUGGAGAGUUUUUACAACAAAAGUACGUAGUCAUGUCACCGAAAAUUCAGUUAUCAGUGUCCCAAUGUGUAGUGAGCCAGGGUCCUUACCAGUGCCCAAACUCGUGUACACGAUAUACAGAUCCCAAAUCACGAUGUAUAGUGUCCCAAUCUUAGGAUGUUGAAAUGAGUAUCCCAAAGGUACCCAGAUGGUCUAUUAUUUCCAGUACAUUUUUGAAGUGUGGACUUGUGGACACUUUUUCAGCUAGUAUUGCCCAAAACUACUUGUGCUGAAUUCAACCUGCAAACAAGAGGUGUAAAUGAAAUGUGAAAAAAAAAAAAAUAAAAGGAAUGUAAAUUAAAUUAUAUAGUAUAAAUUAUAUAAGAAUUAAUGAAUGAAGAAAAACUGAAAUGCAAAGAAUUUGUUUAGGGUGACAGUGUGAGUAACUAGAUAACAACGUUCUCUUCCAUUGCAUAACGUGUUAGUAUGUACCAGUAAUUGCAUACUCUUUUGCUAUACACUCAAAUGUAUGUACUUUUUCUUCACAAAAAGAGUAUGUACCUUUUGUGCAUAGUAUAAGUAAGUGAAUUUGGAUGCAGCAAGAUCUUUUAUGAUUUUUGCCUUUUUGGUAUCUAUUGUUAUUUUUGGCUACUUUGGAUCUUUUGUGAAUUUUACCUGAUUACUUGUUUUUUUCUGGAUUUAGGAUUAAUCUGUUUAAAAGUUGGAUUGUUUUUGGAUCUCUGUUUGCUCUUUUGGUAAAACCUUUUGAAAUAAAGAUUUUUCUGUUUUUUUCUCCUUA